CUGACAAUACCCUCAAUACCCAAUACGACGUCUUAAUCUCACUCAAAUGCCUCACCCCUUCCUGACAUGGCUGCUCGCAUUCGCCCUUGCUCUGCUUGUCCACUCUUCCCCGGUCGCUACAGAUAGCGAUGCCAACCAAGUUCCGCUUUCUGUUUCGGACUCGCGUAGGGUAUACGAGUAUCACAAUGGAGAGCUCCCACCGACGGAGAAUACGGAUGGGUGGAUUGACCCAAGGCUGAACGGCGGACGCUUCAUCGACUUUACAACUAGGCGGCUCGGGGAGCCUUUGAACAUCAUUAUCUCUGCGCUCUCUGACCCCUACGUACUUGAGGAAUCCGGCUUCCUCGACUACUCCAAGUCCAUCGGCUUCGCCGGAGAAUGUAUGGGUCUUCACUACGGCAACAUCCAUGACGCCGACCUGGGCGAUGGCCUCGGUCGCAAGCCGGAGCACAUGCUCAUCAGGCAGCACUACCCUAUCAUCGGGACAUGCUGGGAGAGUGUCCGCGGCGGCCACCAUUUCCGUGCGUGGCGGCAGAACGGCACCCUCGCGAACAGCGGUGCCUGGUUCAUUGGCGCGUCCAAGGAGAAGGAUUCGUCCAAGAAUCAUCAGAUCGACAAGGACGGAUACAAUGUAGGACGCGACUACUUUGUUGAACAUGCUACGGCUGGGAGCCACUGGCAGGGUAAGUGGUGGAAGGCUGAGGUCGAGUGGCGUGAAGGAUUGAUGCCUCGCGGUAGGCGAGGCAUCAAUCACGGAAUCCCUGUGGACGGCCGCGUUGCUAUCCUCAAGAUCAAUCGCCUCUAGUGGGCGGAUAUUCUGCUCACCAUCUCCGGGAUCGAGUCUCGACACGACCUCUUAUGACAAUCUCACGACUCUAGGCCUGAUUUUUGGGACUGCUUCUAGCUUACUCUCUGUCGUAUUGGCUAGCUUUACUCCGUGCUGCGACCCAUCAAGGACUCUAUCUGUCCGCCAUCACAUCCCAUAGAGCUCAACAACCCCACGCUAUCUAUUCUGUGAAGGACUCCGAGUGCUUGGUAUACUUUGUAGUAUUUAUUACGUCAUCAACUGGCCCUGGCUUCAGCUGUUUAUAUUGUAACAUCCUGCGGUUAUCA